ACCAGCGAGCUUGCGACCACUGCUGCUCACGCACCCUCGUUCAUUCGUAACGCUAUUGCGCUACUUCUCACUGUGUGAUUGCUUAGCGAAUCGGGAGAUUUUUUCUUACGCAAAUAGCGCCAUUUUCAUGACUUUUACGCUCACGGAAGGUACUUUCGAAUGUUCGGUAGCUUGACGACCAGAUAUGUGAAUUUGAUAUCACUACCGAGAAUGACUGCCGGACGAGUAAUUGAAGUGUAGAGCUGGUAUUAAGUGAGGCAGACUCAGUACAUUUUAUCAAAAAUUUCGACUUUCCAUUGCAGUGGCAAAGUUCUCAAUAUAUUUUUAAGGCGUUCUAUAGUCAUCGUUCAAGAUCUCCAGGGACAAUUAAAAAAAAUCAUUGCCAGAUGACAAUAGAGAGAAAAAUUUCACGGUUAUUACAAAGGACAGGACAAACAAUCGACUACGCAUGAUCGGAAUUCACAAUCGCGUAAUUGCAUGUUAAUUCUAGUUCAUGUAUGGGACUGACCUUAAAAGAAAGGAAUAGAAGGAGCUUACCCGUACUGGCCUCUGCUGAGUGCCGGUAAAUGUGGCGUUAUACUCAAGUUUUUCUGCGUUACCCUCUGGCAAAUGAAGCUUUUUUACCCUUUUUUUCUUUGAAAUCAAUAAGUUACUGGCGUUAUAGAAGAAUAAAUUCUGAUUUAUUUUUUCUGAUCUUUUUAAUAGCUUCUGUAUCUUUGAAGAAACCUUCGGAUAUCUAAUUUUCAACCUACGGUGACUUUCUAGGCACAAGAGAUAUCAUAAAUUAUUUAUUAGUUUAUUUUUUCAGGAUAAUGCUGUUUUUGUUGCUUGACACAUCAAAGUUUAUAUUUAUAAAUGAAAAUGUGUGAUUUAUAUUACAUUCUCGAGAAAUCGUAUGGUAUUGUAAGUUUAUAUUAAUGGCCAUAGAAUUUCUCAUUUUUUUAACGUCUACAGCUUUAGCUAUUUAAUACGCGAACACUACAAAGCAACUUCAAAUAGAUUAGUUUGAAAUAACUAUGUAAUGCCAUCUUGGUUGUUCUCGACAGAUCUAUUUUUUUAUAUCCUGUCAAGGUUCUUUGAAAGUAGCACUCCAGAACUAUAUUAAUUGAGCGAUUGAUCUUUAGAGAAAUAAAGUACGAGCGUUAACGCAAUAUUCUUACUUAUUUUCCUACGUACAACGCGAAGUUGAAAAUAGUAAAUUGAAAAGGAAAUUGCUUUGUAGAAAAAAAUUGAAUAAUAUCUCCAUCACCGUGAACAAUGUUAAAGCAUUUAUACAAAAAAAAUUUAUUAUAAAACAAUGUCAUUUAUCCGCUAUUGUAAGCAAAAUCAAAUCUGACAAAAAAAUCAACACUCCAUCUUUCGUGACGAUGAUACGAAAAGAAAAAUUCUUGAGGUCUCCAACGAUAAUGAUACUCCCUCGGGCAUCGUUCAACGCACUUACGGGGGAGGGAGUUGGCUGUAUCGUCGUCUGACCAUGGGCCACCAGCCUGAAAAAAAGGAACGAAAGGCGACACCCCAAAGGGUGCAAGAGAAAGCCAGCCGGAAAAAUCGAUCGAUCGAAAGAGCACGAGGGUGGAAUUUUAGCGUCUUCAGAGCCGUCAAGAAAGAAAGCUGCGAGUAGGAUGGGCGUAGCGAAGAAACGAGCUAACUUUGCUUUCCGAAGUAGCCUGUAUAGAAAUGCACACACACGUAUUCUCUUUUAGACUGCGAGGAUUGGGAGGACUUUCCAGAGGAAUGAAAAUCGGCAUUGUUCAACUUGAAAGCAAUAUAUUUUUGAUCGUCUAUAAGCUUUACCGAGAGGAUUAAAAUGUCUCGCAGGCUACUUUGGACCGAGAAGUUGCCUACGAUGCGAUUGUUUUUGAAAGCUUUUGCGAAAAACGAGAGAAUGAACGACGAUAGGCCAUAACGAUGUCUCGCUUUUUUCCGGUCGAAACGAAAUUACAACCGUACCCUCGAGUUUGCACGAUUCGACUUUAUCAUACUCGUUACUAACAGUAUCAAUUGCCCCCCUUGGAAGUAACGUCAUCAUAAUCGUACUUGGCAGAACCCUGCGGCAGCGCAAUUAAGAUAAGCCUGUCUCUUGCAUUUCUUAAACGAUCGACCGAAAUUUCCAGUUUCUCCCUAGUCCCAGCUAAAUUACGCUUUACGAUGGUUAUCGAUCAAAUAUCGGGUUUCCAGCUACCAACGAACGGCUCUGAAACUAAACUUUCGGCCGAGUGCGUUUUUGUUCGUCGCGCGACGAUGACGUCCAAGCUUGCAGUAUCGCAAACUCGAAGCAAAUCCGGCAGCAAUAGCAGCAAAAGUAGUGCGGCUAGCGGCGCAAGCAGCUGUACUCAUAGUAAAGUCAGUCCACUCGGUUUCAAAUCGCCCGUUUUGGGAAACAACUUUCGCAUUCCGGACGUGUACAGCGAGUUGCAAGACAUCCAGUUGGACGAUACUUUGCCCUACGUUCCCGUUUAUUGUCACUUAAAAGUUCCCGAAAUCGAACCUAUUUUCAGACCGAAAACACCGCCCAUUCUAAAUGCACUGAGGGCCGAAUUGGAGGAGUUGCAGCUGAUAAAAACAACGAAAAUAAAACCAGAACAGAAGUCAAGAAGCACACCUCGCGUGAAUCAGCAUCGUCAGUCAAAUAAGAAUCAUCGUCGCACUGACGCAAACGUCGCAAACUAGCUACACUACCUCUUCGACAGCGAC